CCUUCCUCUUCGAUGAAACGGCCGGAGUUAUGUCGUCGUCUUUAUUCCAAUUGCAUUCAAUCCCUCGCUCAUUCAAUCCCUCCCUCAGACUCUUCGAUGCGCCAUUUGAACCCGAGCAGAUCUGUAUAAAUAUGUAAGUAUCUAUAGAUCUCCAGCGCAUCAUCUCUUUCUUUCUCUUGAGACUUUCUGAUUCCUGUUGCUAUGUCUAUUUCGAGAGUCUUCUUCUCUGACCUGAAGUCCGGCAAAUGCUCCUCCGUCGUCGAGGCCCGGCUUCUACGGUUCUGGGAGGCGAGGAACGUCAAACGCGGUGGCGAGCUGAUGUGGGUCGAUAUGCUACUUAUGGACGUGAAUUCGACUUUGAUCCAAGCUACUAUCAACGCGAAUCGGCUUCCAAGGUUCCGAGAUAGGCUCGCCGCCGGGACGAUGUACUCUGUUUCUGGCUUUGACGUGGCUCGCUGUGCUCAGAACUUCAAGCUUGUGGACUCUUCUUUGAUGAUCCGGUUUAACGAUUCCACCGAGUUUGACGUGUUAUCUGAUCCGGUCUCGCCAAUACCGGCAGAGGGAUUCCGGUUCCGUAACCAGACCGAGUUGGUUGGUUUAGCCAAUACAAACACUCAGCUUCCAGAUAUUAUUGGUGAAAUCGUGGCGGUGAAGAGCACCGUGUCUGACCCUCCGGAGGAUAAGAACCGUGUCAUGGUCACCGUCAAAUUAGAAAAUGAUGUGUCUGUCACUCUUAGUCUGUUUGACGCUCAAGCCGUUUUAUUCCACCAGAAGCUUGGAGGCAUGCGUGAUGAUCCUAAAGUGAUUGUUGCCACAAGCAUAAACCCGAAGAUGGUUGGAGGUCGUUUAUUCCUCAACGCAACGUCAGGAACACAUGUUUAUUAUGAUAAGGAGACACAUGCAGGAGAGUCUUUAUUUUACCGAUUGGUGGCUAGAGACACUGGUCUUCCGUCUGCCGCACCUCUCUUGAAGUCUUAUGCGAAGGUUGAGACUGUGACAAUUGCAGAGCUUAACCAUUUUAUCACUACGGAUUCGCCACAGCAGGAAAUAGAUUUCUUAUGCACUGCGAGAGUUUCUCGGGUUGAAUCGGACAAAGGGUGGUGCUAUGUUGCGUGUUCUAAGUGCAGCAAGAAAUUGCAACGCACUGUCACUUCUUUCGAAUGUGCACGCUGUAAUAACCCUCAUGCGGUCGGAUCUUUACGUUAUCGCGUUGAGAUGGUUGUAACUGAUGAUACUGCUGAAGGGACAUUUGUUUGCUUUGAUGGUGUUAUGACGAAGUUGCAUAAUCUCCGGGCAAGUGAGGCGGUCCAGUUACUGGCUGAAGAAGGAGUGAACCCUGAGGAUUCCGUGAUGCCUCCGUUCGUUGCAGGAAUGGAACGCAAGACCUACACUUUCCAAGUCCGUGUCACGCCCUACAACUUCACCGUCAACCACCAGACGUUCACCGUGUCGCGUAUCAUCAAUGAGGUUGAGCGUGCACCAGCUCCAGAAUUUGUCGAUGAUGAAGGUGAUGACAAUGAUGAUGAUGAUGCGCCAGACGGGCCUAACAACCGUGUGGAGUCUGGUUCCGGCAAGGGCAAUUGUGAGACAUCAAAGAGAGCUGGAAAGGAGCCAGUCGGUAAUGUGCGUAAGAGGGCGCGUAUUGCUUAAGAUGGAUCUUCGAUAAUCAUCUCUCGAUAUUCUGCAGCUUAAUAAUGUUUCUGCAUUCUACUUUAUUGUCAUCUUUUUUCUAUCUAUGUUAUGGAUUUUCUACAUUCCAGUUGUUUUUUUUUUCAAACUCUCUACUUUAUGGUUGUUAUGAAUGCUUUUUAUAUUGAGUUGACAUAAGUUUAAAAAAAGAACAAGUUGAUGCUUUAUUUGAUUCCGAUGAGUUAAUAAAUGUUAGUGAUUAUUUUAUUAAAAGAGUUAGUGUUUAUUUUAAUUGUGUACGUAAGUGGACGUCCAUAAUCAUAUUAUGGACUACAAAAACUUUGGGUACGUUAGUAUGAGUGUAUGUAUACAGUCCACGGUCUAAUAUAAUUAUGUAUAUGAGUGUGAAAAUAUUUAAUGUUCUUUAAAUUGUGUGCAUAAACUGACGUCCAUAAUCAUAUUAUGUAUUACAAAACUUUGGUUACGUGCAUGAGUGUACGUCUGUCGUCCACAAGCUAAUAUACUUAUUAUUAAAACUUCACUUAAAUCGAUCAAAGUUAUUUUGAAGACAAGGUAUUUAGCAAAUACAGCCAGGAUGGAGCCCGAAGCAGAAUGUCACCAGCAUGAUAUGGACAGCGCAUGCGAAGAUUGUUAUUAUUUUAAUUUAUUGACUACAUACGCACAAAGAAACCGUAAACAAACCCGCCAAAUUUAUUGAAACAUUAUUUAAAUUAAACUUUUGCAUCAAGCUUAAUAACAAAUAAUAAGAUUUCUCCAAUUUAUACAUUAUUCUUCCGUACAAAAUUCACAUGUGUAUAUAUGCAUCAUGAAAAAAAAACAAAAGGCCUCGAAUAAUAAAAGGAUGCUUUGGGGGUUUGGGUCGUACUCACCUAAAUCAAUUUAUAAGUUAGUCUAAUGGAGGAUAGCUAAAACUAAACUUUUGAAAUAAUAGCGAAGAUUACUCUCAUAGUAAUAUAUGAUACUAAAAUUGAACUCAUAACCAGUAUAUUAUAACUUAAAAGUUCUCAUUUGUGUUGUUUGUAUAUGAUAUCAUCUAUAUCAUAAUUAUAAAUUAUUCAUAAAUAAAUAUAAAUCAUAUGAAAUUGUUUUAUUCAAACUUCCCGCCCGAAGGGCGGGCCCGGCCCUAGUGUAUAUUAUUAUAAGCUUAUAGCUGAGCUAAACUGUGGUAUAUAGCUUUUAAUGGAGGGCCAAAUUGCCACAUGUUUUGGUUUUA